UACAUGGAGCAAACGAUGUACUGCUACUAUACAGCAGCAGCUUGUAGAUUUUAAGAGUUUUCUCUCUACUCUAAAUAAAAUCAUUUUAAGGAACAUCAAAGAGUAAAAGUGUCUGGCAAGGUCUUUGGGUUAUUGUUAAAAUAGACACUGCCAAUAUAAUACAAGUAGUCGUAUCUUAAGUAACAAUAUUGUCUUUAAAAUUAUUGAGUCUUAUUAUUGAAGUAAUUUAUUGGUAAUAAAUAAUAAAUAAAAAUGGCAGCACGAUCUUUGGUAAGGUAUAUUCAAUCUAAAUCAAUUACACCGCAAAUACAUCGUUGCGCGGCAUCCUUGUCUGCAUUCGAAAUUCAACAUAAGACACCAGCUAUUAAAAAAGUAAUGCCUAUACCUAAAGCUCAUUACGGUGGUCGUCAUACAGUUACAUUACUGCCUGGUGCUGGAAUCGGUCCUGAACUCAUGGGUUACGUCAAAGAGAUAUUCAGCUAUGCUGGAGUACCAGUUGACUUUGAAGACAUUGAUAUUGAUCCAAAUGCAGACAACAAUGAUGAUCUUGAGUAUGCCAUAACUUCGAUACGACGUAAUGGAGUAGCUUUGAAAGGUAAUAUUGAAACACGUAGCAGAGAAGUCGGAGUACUUUCUCGUAAUGUAGCCUUGCGUAAUGAACUUGAUCUAUACGUCAAUGUGCUUCAUUGUGUUUCUUAUCCUGGUGUCAAUUCUCGUCAAAAAAAUAUUGACAUUGUAAUUGUACGUCAAAACACUGAGGGAGAGUAUGCUAUGUUGGAACACGAAAGUGUCAGUGGGGUUGUUGAAAGUAUGAAAGUCAUUACCCGAUCUAAUUCGGAACGUUUAGCACGUUAUGCUUUUGAGUAUGCUAAACGUAAUGGUAGAAAAAAGGUUACUACUGUACACAAAGCCAAUAUUAUGAAACUUUCUGAUGGAUUAUUUUUGGAGACAUCGCAACGAGUUGCCAAAGAAUAUCCUGAAAUUGUUCAUGAUAAUAUGAUUAUUGAUAAUACAUGUAUGCAACUUGUCUCAAACCCUCAUCAAUUUGAUGUUGUUUUAACUACUAAUCUGUACGGCGCAAUCGUAUCCAAUGUUGUAUGUGGAUUACUUGGAGGUGCUGGAUUACUAUCUGGAAAGAACUUUGGUGAUCAAUACACUGUUUUUGAACCAGGUACUCGUAAUACUGGUGCUAAAAUCGCUGGAAAAAAUAUCGCUAACCCAAUAGCAAUGUUAAAUGCUGCUGUUGACAUGUUACGUCAUCUGGGUCAUAAACAUCAUGCCACCAUUAUUCAAAAUGCCAUUAAUAAAACUAUCAACUCUGGAAUUCAUACAGCUGAUCUUGGUGGUAAUGCAAACAGUCGAGAGGUUGUCGACAGUAUUAUGAAACACAUUAAAAUAGCAGUUAACUAAAGAUCUGAUGAGAAAACAAAAAGUUACAGAUAAAACUAUAGUCAUUUGUUUUUAAAAAUAAUUAUAAUGUUAAGUGUUGAUUUUAAUUGUAUCAAAAUUAAUUAUUGACCUUUAUUUUCUGCUGCUAUUUAUUUAAGUAUAAGUGAUUAAAAUAAUGUUGUUCUGUAGAGUAUAAUCAUGAGGCACAAACUUGUGUAUUUCAAAUAAUGUGAAUUCUUCUUGUACAGUUUGUUAAUAUAUAUAUACCAAUAAUAACAAAAUUAUUUGUAAUAUA